GGAAGUGUUGCGGGAUGUUCGGCCCGGCAGCGGACAGUUUACUCCGGCAGGCCCGGGAAGUGGCUGGUGAUGAGCUGGAUAAGUUCUGCGGUCGGUGUCGGAGCCUCCUGGGCGGCACCGGCCCUGAGACAGUGGAUAUUCUGCGGAGGCUGCACCUCAUCGUGGCCGCCAGCAGGGAGCGCCGCCGCCUGGACUCCCCCCUAGUGGGGCAGUUAGUGGAGACCCUUUGUGGACCCCAACCUCAGUUCCAGGCCCUGUGUGCCGCUAUCUUGUGCCAACUAUGCCCCACUCCCCUGGUGAGCCUGCCCUGGGGCCCCAACCUUCAGCCUGGGGGCCACUUCUUCUCCGUGCUGCUGGCCCAGGCCUCCCAUAGUGAUCUUGUGGCACUGGGCCCCCGCCUUUGCCGUGUACUGGAGUCACGAGCCCCCGAGGGCCACGUCCUGCGGGCCGCUCUGCCGGCACUGAUGAGAGCGGUUGUCUCCAGUCCGGAGAUCCUUCAGGAGGACAAUGUCAAUGUUGUGAACAAGAAAAUGGCCGACUGGCUGCGCUAUGCCACCAUCCACCAGAGCGGCCCCGCGGCCCCCGCUGGCUUCUUCUCCAGCCCUCGCGGCAAACAGCCCGGUGCCAUCUCCGAGGUGGACGGCACCGUCUCCACUGACUUCUUCACUGUCCUCAAUGGCAGCCAGAACCUGGCCGAAGAGCAAUGGAUGAACGUCCAGGGAUUCUCCGUCCUCCGCCGAUGGCUCCUCCAGUACGGCACGGUGGGAUCCGAUGACAAGUCGGAGGUAGAGGGAUCCGUCAUCUCCAUGGUUUCCGCCUCAUCCACCUCCAGCCGCCUCCUCCCGCCCCGGGAACGCCUGAGGGAGAAGAGCUUCGAGUAUUGCCUGAGGGUCAUCGAGCAAUGCAACCGCAAACCUCUGAGAAGAGCCGACCUGGACCUCCAGAGGGCCUGCAUUGUGGAGGCCGUCACCGCCAUUGACCUCCUGUGUAAGCAGGACGUGUCCUUCUUGUACCGCACCCUCCCCCUCGUGAAGAUCCUCCACGGCCGGCUCUGUUCCGAUCCCUCCCUGGCGCCUGCACUGCUGCCCGUUGCUCAGUUCUAUCUCAAUCACAGCGAAGCCGCUGCUGUAGAAUCGGAGGCCGUGUACCGCCACCUCUUCACCAAGGUCCCAGCCGACUUCUACCAUCAGCCCUUCCUGGCCUUCCAGUUCAUCCGCUUCUGCAGACUGAAUGGUGACUUCCUGGCUGAGAACGUGGAGCCUUUCAGGUCGAGCUUCCCCAACCUCUUGAAGCUCCUGGCGUGGAACGCCCCGUCCCUGAUAUCCGAGUUCUCUGUGCUCCUCCCGCUCCUCGUUAAUGCGGAUUCGGCCAUUGAGGUGCUCCACGCCCUGCUUGACUUGCCGUGUCUGACGGCCGCCAUGGAGCUCCAGCACCUUUCCCUCUCAGCGGAGAAGCCAGUUGCGGACUCAUCGGCUCUCCCAUCCGGUUCUGCCGAGGCGUUCCGCCAUCCCUAUUACAAGAACAUGUUCCAGUACCUCCUGCGCUGCGAGGCGUGGAACGGGCCGCCACCCGGGGACUUCGUCCAGCUGCGACCGCUGCUUUCAGACUUGAGCACUUCCCCCCGCGUGGUCCAGUGCGCGCAGGUGGUCCCGUGUCUGCUCCAGCUCUAUGUGCGCACCGUCGCCAAGUUUGCCGACGGCCCUCUGGUCAACCAGGUCAUGUUGGUGAUCUUGGAGCGGAGCGGACUCCUGCACGGAUCUUCCUCCUUCCAGGCCGAGGUGCACAGGGUGCUCAGUUCUCAGAUCCCCCGCCUGUGCCGGCUCCACCCCUCCGUGGUCAUCGAGCUUUCCCGCGAGCUCUUGGACUUUAUAAGCACGGUCGGCAACAUCCAAAGCAAAGAGGCUUUUUUCACCCACGUGGUCUGGGCCAUGGGGGAGUUCCUGUCCGUGUCCUAUGACCGGAGGUGCACCGUGGAUCAGGUGAACAGGUUCUUCGAGGUUCUGGAGGCCUUACUGUUUGAGAUCACACAGCUGCGAGGGUCGUCCAGCGCACCCAUCUCCUCGCCGCGGGUGAUCGCCACGCUGAUGACCACUCUCACCAAGCUGGCCUCCCGCAGUCAGGACCUCAUCCCCAGGGUGUCCCUGUACCUGUCCAAGAUGAGGUCCUGUGUGCAGAGCUCCGCCAUGGUCUCUGCGUACGGGGAGGAGGACAGCAAGCAGAUCCUCGUCCGAGCCACCGAGCUGCUGAACCUCCUCAAGCUGCCCAGCGUGGCUCAGUUUGUACUGACGCCUCCGGCUGAUGUGGGCGAGCCGUCCUUUCACCGGGACCCCUCUACCUCGCUGCCCCUCGCCAUCCGCACCGCCAGCUACCUGUUACAGAGGGACAGGAUGACGCCGGCCUGA